CCACACUUGAAUAACGAGAGCAUUCUGUCACUGGGAAAACUGGCUUUUCAACAGCUUGUGAAUGGCAAUCUGAUUUUCUAUGAAGAAGACCUGAAAGAGGCUGGCAUUGAUGUCAAUGAAGCCUCAGUGUACUCAGGAUUGUGCACACAGCUCUUUAAAGAGGAAUGUGGGCUGUUCCAGGACAAGGUGUACUGCUUUGUUCAUCUGAGCAUUCAGGAGUUUCUGGCUGCUGUAUAUGUUUUCCUCUCAUUCAUCAACAACAAUGAGAAUCUAAUGGACAAACUGAAAACAAAAGACGAGCCUGAAGUUACUUUCUACAAGAGUGCUGUGGAUAAAGCCUUACAACGUGAGACAGGAAACCUGGACCUGUUCCUCCGCUUCCUUCUGGGCCUCUCACUGGAGUCCAAUCAGAAGCUCUUACGAGGUCUACUGACAAAGACAAGAAGCAGCUCACAGAGCCAUGAAGAAACAGUCAAGUACAUCAAGGAUAAGAUCAGGGAGAUUCCCUCUCCAGAGAGGAGUAUCAAUCUGUUCCACUGUCUGAAUGAACUGAAUGACCAUUCUCUAGUGGAGGAGAUCCAAAGCUUCCUGAGCUCAGGAAGUCUCUCAAAACCCAACCUGUCACCUGCACAGUGGUCAGCUCUGGUCUUUGUGUUGCUGACUUCAGAAAAGGAGCUGGAUGUGUUUGACCUGAAGAAAUACUCCAUAUCAGAGGAAGGUCUUCUGAGGCUGCUGCCAGUGGUCAAAGCCUCCAGAGCUGUUCUGUGAGUAAAUGAAAUGACAUUUAAGAACUUAUCAUCAAGAAGAAAUAUUCAGUUUAGAGAAAAAUAUGUAUUGUAAUAUGUAUAUAAUAUUAUAUUGAACAACAUAUUGAAUCAGAUAUUAAAUUUAUUAUAACAAUAUGACCAUACAAUUCUAGGAGACGGAAGAAGAAUAUAUGUGUUGUUUGGGAAAAUAAACCAAAUGCAUCUACCAUUGUCCUUCUACACUACUCGUUAAAUUAACAGUGUGUUUGUGAAGUCAUGAUGAUCUCGUUGCAGGCUGUCAGGCUGUGGAGUCACAGAGAAAGGCUGUGCUUCUCUGGUCUCAGCUCUGGAGUCAAACCCCUCACACCUGAGACAGCUGGAUCUGAGUAACAAUGACCUGAAGGAUUCAGGAGUGAAGCUGCUCUCUGCUGGACUGGGGAAUCCCCACUGUAAACUGGAGACUCUGAGGCUAAAAUACAUGAGAGCCUUGUGUCAAAAGGGUGGGCCAGGAGGAGCGCAAGAUAGAGAGCAUAAGGUAAGAAUCACAUAAUAAGUCAGGAUUGAGAGAAGAUAGAAGUGAUACAGAAUUGUUAGAUAACAGUUACUGAGUGGAGAGCAGCAUAGUUAAGUUUUAGGCAGGUAUAGAUGCAAACUGAAUUGUAGAAGUGAGAACUUAACCUGGGGUCCACUUAGACGUGGGGCCCGAUUAAUGCCAGGAUGAUUUGUUUUUAAAUUAGGAACAGGAAGAAGAGUUAAAAGCGGUACCCUCCAUGUUAGGGUCCCAAGGACCUAUUGAUGUGGGGUUAAUUAAAGGAGUUAUUUUAGUAUAAGUAGUCCUGAAGUCAAAUUUGAGAUUUUAUUAAAAGUAAUUAUUAGUAAUUUAGGAAAAUUUGGGCAGAGCCAUGUGUCAAAAGGGGGGAUAGUAGAGCAGGUUCGGAAACACUUUGUGGCCUAUUGGAUAACGAACUACUUAAAAAACUU